AUGGCUUUCGCCACGAUAAACUCCGCACCUCCGACACAUAGUAUUCCCCCAGCACAAACACACAACCCAAUCCCAGCAAUUGAAGAUGCCUUUGGCGCCGAACCCGCGCUGAAGAAGCGAGUUUACGAUGCGAUUGGGUCAACCCCUCAAUAUGUCCCUCUUUUUGAAGAUAUCGCUCGGUAUACCUCCAGCCUACGGACGAGAAGUGCGAACCCCGUUCAACCCAUCGAAGUUGUCAACAACGACGGGCCGGUCGCCAAAAAACGGAAGAUCGAGAAUGGUGCUACUGGAGCUGGGACUCAAUCGCUGGCCGAUCUGAAAACACACAAGGCUCUACAGUUCUACAUGCAGGAUGUAUCUUUCGCGAUUCCGCAGAGGAAAAAGUUGACGCUGGAGCUCACGGCAGGGAACAAGUAUCUGCGGGCUCGGAACCAGACAUCCAAGGAAGUGGAAUUUGGUAUUCCGCUGGAUAGAAUUCAACAUGUUUUGUGUCUCCCCGUCCCCGAAAAGAACCAGAAACAAUUCAACUUUUGCAUCAUUCCCCAGUUUGCCGAUGGAAUAAACCCUCCUCCUGAAGGCGAACCUACGCCCGAGACAAUUGUGUGGACGGUCAACGAUGGGCCUGCUAAAUCUGCGUUUUCGGGACAGGGCCAGCAGAUUGGCAAUGGAGAAGGCGAGACGGCUGAAAAUCUUGUUCGCAAAGUGCUGAAUGAUAAUCUGUCGCAUAUACAAGUUGUGCGCCCGAAUGCGCAGGAGUUUGCCAGCGCGAUACCGGAGGCACAUCGGAAGGGAGAAAAGGCGUACCAUGUCAAGGCAUUCCGCGGUAGCAAAGAUGGUUAUCUAUUUCUCCUGUCUACAGGGAUAUUCUUCGGUUUCAAGAAACCGUUGCUUUUCUUUGCAUUCGAGAACAUUGAUUCGAUUUCUUAUACCUCUGUGCUCCAACGAACUUUCAACCUGAAUGUCGUGGCGCGCGCUAUCGGCAGCGAGGAGACGCAGGAAUUUGAAUUAUCCAUGAUCGACCAGGCGGAUUUCUCUGGUAUUGAUACGUAUAUCAAAACACACGGCCUACAAGACGCCAGUCUCGCGGAUGCUCGACGCGCGAAACGCUACAAUAUCAACGGCGCGAAGACGGAAGAAAACACCGAGGCUGACGCGCAAGACGCCGAGGAAAGUGAACUACAAAAGGCGCAGCGCGAGAUGGAAGACCAAGAAGACGAGGAUGAAGAGGAUUACAACCCCGGCAGCGAUGGCGAGAGCGAAGGAAGCGGCUCUAGUAGUGAGGAAGACGGUGACGAGGACGAAGGUCAAGAAGAUGCGGAUGCCGAGGACGAGAACAUAGUGGCGGACGAGCUCGGGAGCGAAGCGGAAAACGUCCCGGAGGAUGAGUUGUAA